AUGGUUCUCGCUCUGUUGAUACCGGUACUGGCAAGCGGCGUAGCUGCGCAACACUUGACUCUGCCAUUAGUCAACUACGGUGCCGUUGUAAACGCGGUCAAUUCGAAUGAUCCAGGCUACCAGAUCUGUACAGAAGUGGCCGACUUCGUUUCGGGCUGUAUUGUUCAAGCUGGAGGCGCCACGGCGCUCUCCACGGCGGAUCCCCUUUCUCUCGCCAAAUGUGCUUGCUGCGUAGGCACAACUGAUGUAGCUCCCGCUUACAGCAGCUGUGCCAAUUAUCUGGUGUCCGAGGCGCCUCAACUGACUUCGCAAAUUUCAGCCUAUGGUUAUUUCUACUCGGCCUGCGGAAAUUCUCCACAGAUCUGCCUCGGAAACUCUGGUGGAAAUUCUGGCGGCAACUCUGAUGGAGGCGGAUCAGUUACAAAAGAAUCAGAGCCAUCAUCCACCGCCCAAUCCUCACAAUCCUCGCGUUUCCAGUCUCCUCCACCAGCUUCUUCGACAUCUACCCCCUCCCCAGCCUCCUCGCCGAGCAAGAUCCCGCAACAAACAUCUGCUACACAAGGUGGAUCGACCGCUUCGACGAAGACGGGCUCUGCAGCUUCUGCCGUGACAACUUACGCGUCAGCGUGUAUUUCAAUGGUAGAUAUCUUUGAACAGUGUACGAAAAAUACACCUGGUUUUACGGAUUUGGUGUAUAGUGAGCAGGCUUACUGCUAUUGCUGUCGGAGUGCCCUUGGUGGGGAGGUCACAUGGACUGAUGAGAUCGAUACGUUUGCUUCGACCUGUCGAGAUUGGGCUGCCACUAUUACCACUGGCGAUGCUUUGACCGCUUACGAUGUGGCCAAAACCUUUGCCACCUUCUGCGACCAUUUCAGCGAUGCAUGCGCAAUCUCGACAAACGGGCCCUCGUCAACGACAAACGAUAACCCUUUCCCUCCGCCAGACUCAACGGGAGGUUCAGGCGAUUCUUCAGCUGGAGGAGAUGGAGGCCAGGUUACCGUGACUGUAACUCAGCCUCGUCCUACCACGACGUCACACAAUGCUGCUCCAACUGCUCGUGCGGGUCUUGCUGCUGGUGCACUUGCAAUAGCCGGCUUUGCCAUAAUGAUUUGA